UCUUGGAUCUGCCCGAACGAGAGACAAAGCCAGGUAUUGGUCACCACCACAUUUCAUUUCAUCGGUUUGGACCACCCCCUUUACGAUGUAACAUCCUGGAAGCUAUCUGAAUCGAAGUAUUUGGUGGAACGGUGGCAACUGUUCAUUGAAGGUACGGAUGGCUGGACUACAGCGUUUUGUGAGAACCAUGACAGCGGGAGAGCCGUAUCGAGGUUUGGAAGUGAUUCUACAGCCCACUGGAAGACCUCUGCUGAUAUCAUCGCACAGGGGCAAAGCACACUGACAGGAUCGCUAUUUCUUUACCAAGGUCAAGAAUUUGGAAUGUGCAACAUCCCCGGAUUAUGGCCCAUCGAGGAGUCUAAGGAG